GUCCGCGGGCAUUUUCGGCUCUCAGAUUGGCUGCUGUGGGGGCCAAUCGGAGGCCGCCAUUCCACCCACGUCGUAUGUUUAAAAACGCAUUUUUGUACAGUGGAAGAAGCGCAGCAGCAGCAAAAAAAGCAAAAGCAGGUACGUAACCAAGUGAUCUGGUUUGGGUCCCCCGGGAGGUAAGCCUUUCCCCGCUGGAUUCCUACGGGGGCAAGGAUCCCCGUCCAACUUUCACCCUGGGAGUUGGAUAUGAGUCCGCCCCCACCGCUGCCGCCUCUGGAUGCCCAAGGCACGCCUUGCCCUUGCGGCUCUGCGGCCAAACCCCCUUGAACUCUUCAGCGUCCUUCUUGACCACGCAUUGUUUCAGGGUGCCCAGCUGUUACCAGGUCUUUCCUCUCGGGACUCCCCUGCCCUGUAAGCCAAGCAGUCGCUCAGCCGCUGUUCCUCGUCCUUGCGCCCGUGGGGCAAAACUAGCCUUGCUGGGCACUGCGCUCCUGGACCGGGGGGGGGGGGCGGCAGGAAGUCCCCUCUGGGGUGUUGCCCUCCAAGAUGUUAGCAUUUCAACCUCCACUCUUCCGCAUCCCCAGGUUUCUUUGGAGAGAUUGGCUUCUAGUUGGGAAGAUGCCACGUCCGCGCAACUUCGUGCCGUCCCAAGUGGACGGAGCAACUGCGGGUGCGGAUAAUGCCGAAGCGGAGCAGGUGAGUUUAGGGGGAGAGAGGCCUCGUCAUCCACUCUCCCCACACCCCAUGCUGAGGUGCUCUGCCUGUGAUGAACAUCCUACCACCCCAACCUCUUGCUUGAGGGCAGGUUGCUGUGUCAAGCGAUGUCUGUCUGGGACUGCUCCUGGGCAGCACCCUUCUGGGCCAUUUCUGCAGUGUGGUUGUGUGUGUGUGUGUGUGUGUGUGUGUGUGUGUUUUAAUUGCAUCUCUGUCUCACAUUUUUCUCCAAGGAGUGCUAGGUGGCGUCCAUGGUUCUCUCCUUCCUCAUUUAAUCCCCACAACAACCCUGUAGGGUAGGAUAGCCUGAGAGGCAGGAUCUAGACCCUGGUCCCAAUCUGACACUAACCAUUCUCAUAUUUCUGGCUAUCCAUGUGUUGAGAGGGGAAACCUCAGAGGUCUAAAAAGUAUCAAGCAAGUUCAUGGAGUGGUUGUGAGUUAUGAAGGGAUAGGUAGAACCUCCAUGUUCAGAGGCAGUGUACCACUGGUGGGCAGCAGGGGAAGGCUCUUGGCUCAAAGCCUGGCUUGUGGACUUUAUGGGGGCAUCUGCUUAGGAACACAGGAAUGAUGCCCUUCUACUGAUACCCUUAGCUCUGUUCCAGGCACAGCCCUGCCUGCCUGGUCUGUGUCUGCAAGGACAAGGCUUUGGGUUUAGGGGAAGGGGUGGUUUGAGGCAGUUCAAGUGAGGGCCCUUGUUGAACACAGGCCUGUUUUGGCUAACCUCUCUUUAUCUUAGGAGCUGAGCUCUCUGGCAAAGCGACCCCAACCCCUCGGGGCUUGCCGAAAGCGUCCUGCAUUUGGGGAUAUGACCAAUGUAAGUAUGUACUCUUCUUCCUGGGGGUAGGGUUGGGGUGACCCACUGCCUGUGUUGUGAUGGUGCCAUUAGCAACCUGCCUGCCUCUCCACCCCUCUUAACUUGUCUGGGAAGAAUGGCUCCUUUCCCACUGUUGUCCAGGGCUAAGAAUGAAUUAGAUGUGGGGCAGCCUUUCUAAAACCAGGAGGUUGCAGCCUCCAUCAAAGUGGAUGUGUGCAGGUAACGGCCUCUCUGCCUCUCCCCUGCAGGCCCACACGUCAUUACAGAAGCAAGGGAAGAAGGAGGUGGCCAAGAAAGCUUCAGAGAUAGCAGCUCUGCCGCAAGUCACAGAGAGCGACGGACACGUCGUGAAAAAGUGAGAGGUUGAGCACAUGUUGGGUUGGGGUGCCCCCAUCUCCCCUCCCACCACUUCUGAGAUCUACCCCUGUGUCAUGAAAGCACAAAAAACCCUACUAAGUGGUCUGGAGCUAGUGGCACCUAGCCAGGCGUCGAACCAAACUGUGACACCAGCCUCUCGCGUUUCAGUGGCUUUUUGCCUCUCUCUAACAAGGGGAAUGCAUCACAUUGAUGGCUGCAUGUACCACCUGCUUAGGAGAGGCUUCUCUCUGCCUCUGCUAGGCUGGUCUAUGUUUACUGAAGAAUAUAUAGUAGCUUUCCUCCCUGUUCUAUCACAGAUGCCUACAAAUAUUGGGGUUUCAUUUCCCAUCCCCCACAAUCUCUCUAUUUUCUCAGUUGGAAUCAUUAUCCUAUCCAGGUAAGGAAUGGAUCAGUGGUUAGAGCACUCACUGCCCAUGCAGAAGGCUCUUUUAAUACUGGGAGUCAUGCCUGUCCCUUGUGGUUAACUGAGGUGCUUGGGGUGAGGCAUUCCACCCCAGCCAAGCAGUCCUAAUGUCCCAUUACAACUCUGAACUAUCCCUGUGUCCCCUUUCAGGUCUCUAAGCAAAGCUGCCUCUGAGGAAGCACCACCAAACUCUGACCAAUUUGCUAAGAAGGGUGCGAUUCAGGACGAAGAAGAGGAGAUAGACCAUUCCCUGACAUCGGUGGAUCAAAUGGCGUCGGCACUGAACCCCACUUGCUCUGAGACAAUGGAGGUGUGUCUUGAUCAAUGGCAACUAGCCACAAUGGCUGUGCUCUGUGUCCAUGGCUGGAGGCAGCAAGACUUCCAAAUACCAGCUUCUGGAAAUUGCAGGAGGGGAGAGUGUUGCUCUUGUGCUUUGGUUCUGCCUGAGGGCAACUGGUUGGUCCUGCCUUUAGGGCAACUGGUUGACCACUGAGAACAGGAACUUAAAACUCAGGACAGAGGUCUCUUGGUCAGUCAGAAAGCAGAACAGGGAAUAGGGGUUCAGCUUGUCCUGGAUGGGGUCACACUCCCCCUGAAGAUGCAGGCUUGCACUUUGGGAGUGCUCCAAGACUCAAGUGUCCGGGGUGGACAGGAGUGCAUUUGCACUAGUGCACCAGCUGCGCCCAUUCCUGGAGAAGUCUGAUUUGGCCACAGUGACACAUGCCUUAGCUAUAUCCCUUCUGGUCUGCUGUAACACUCUAUAUGGGGCUGCCUUUGAAAAGGGUUCAGGAACUCCAACUGGCUGUUUUAAUUCAAUUAAUGUUCUCAGAUGCAGGAACAAUGUCUUUUGCAUGGUAAAUCCAUUAAGUCCUGUAGCUUCCAGAAUCACAGCUUCAAUUUUAACAAAAAUCAUUUUCAACAUUUUCUUCAAAUCCUUAUAUAUCACAUCCCAGGCUUUCUUAAUAAUUUUACAUUGCCACCACAUAUGGUAGCCUCUCAUACGCUUUACCGGCCUUUCCUGCUUCAUCUCCAUCACCUUCAAAACUUCCCAAAUCAAUUCACACAAGGUAUCAUUUUUAUUAUAGACCAACCUUACUUUCCCUUGUAUUUUCUUCAAACCUCGCACCCCAGCCUUUCCAACCUUAAUAGUUUGUGCAUUCACCUCUCUAAGUUGUCCCACAGCCUCUGACAGUAAUUUAGUAUUCUCCCAAACUUGAAAAGCUGCCUAAAUUCUUAAAUUCUAAAAGCAAGUCAACUACGCUGUUUAGUUUCAGCAUUGAAAUUUUUGCUUCUGGCAUUUCUGGUUCAAGAGGGGGGCGGGGUGAGUUCUUUCCCCUUAUCCCAGCUUCCUUUCCGAGAUUAAAUUCCAAAACAAAAAGUUCUUUCCCACCAAGGACAGUAUUCUUUUAACUUUGUCAGUACUUUGUCAAGGCCAUUUAACUAGAUUCAGUAAAAUAGCCCAGUACAUUCAGCCUCCUCCCCCCGCCUUCCACUUUAGUCACAAAAAUGAAUUUUAGCAGAUUUAACAAUCUCCUUCUUAAUAUCCAUUCAUAUCAAAAUAGUUUUGAACUACCAAUAUACAUAAAACUGAUUCAUUCUAAAAAUUAAAUCAGGCCAGUAUUUGCAAUGAAUAUUACAGUCCUUUUUUAUUUUCUUAAACAAAUCCACAAUUAUUCUGUUAGGUUAGAUGUCUUCAACACUCUGAGGGCUCAAAGACUUCUUUACCAAAGAUAGCGUAGGUUUAGAGGUCUUUGAGGGUAGGUCUUUGAGAUUGAUGUAAGCAAAAGCAACAUGCAUUCUUUUAGUUCUAAUAAUUCAUUAGUUAUCUUCCAAAAUGAGUUUCAUCCACACUUCACUUGCAUAUAUUUCGUACCUAUAGCACCAGUAAUGGGAGCGGACUUUUUUUUUUCACUUCGUUUUUUGCUAGAUUGUCCAAAUUAAUCAAUUUUUCUUCACCUUCCAAGCAGUUCAGUGUCUGGAAUGUUGGCAGCUUGUGGCUGGAUUCUGUGGUUUUGCAUUCCAUAGAGCUGCGCUAGUGCUUAGCCCGUCGGCUCCUUUGGCUCCCCCCCCCAACUCUCCGUUCCUUUUGGGACAGAGGCAGAGAACGGGCAAUCUGCGGGGCCUCCGUGAGGCUGCAGGACCCCAAGGCACCCCAAUGCUCCUCUUGGGGUUUUGGAGGGAGGUGCGUCACCCUCGCGCUCUUCCCCUCGCUCUAUGAAGCCAAAUCUGGUGGGGCCAUCAGAUUCUCAGUCCAGUUGCCAUUUUGCGGAAACCAGGAAGUCCACCUCUGCAGCUUUCAUGGCUUGCAGACAUUGAUGGAUCUACAUCAGAACACAGGAAGUUGCCUUAUAAUGAGUCAAACCAACCAUUGGUCCAUUCAGCUCAGUAUUUUCUGCACUGACUGGCAGCAGCUUUCGUAGGUUUCAGGCAGGGGACAUUCACAGCCCUAUUCUGAGAUGCCAUUAGGGAUUGAACCUGGGACCAUAUGCAUGCCAGGCAGAUGCUCUUCCCCUUAGCUGCUAUCCUUUCCUGUCUGCUGGAUGGCUUUAGGCAUCUGCUCAGAAGCUUGUCACAUAACAAAGGUCAUGCAAUGGGCCUUGUGGCUCUGUGCACUCCACACCUCUGUGCAGUUCUGCCUGCAUCCAGAGCCCGUGGACUUCCCCUGCAUUUAAGCCCAUGUCUACAGACCCAGCUGCAAGUUACUGCAAUUAGAAGCCCACCAGUCCCACACUGCUAUGAGCACUUAGGGGGGAAGACUGAUGAAGGGCUGUAGCUCAGGAGUAGAGCUCCUGUGUACAUCCAAAGGGUAGAGCUGAACUAAGUUCUCUGAAGCUGGUUUUAUUUCCUCUAAGUAGAAAAUAAAGCAGUUUGAGGCCUGGAAUGUGUUUCUCUCCCCCUCUCUCUGUAUCUAUAUUUAUACACUCAUACUUUGAUGUGCAGGUCGUGCCAGUCGACAACAAUGGCCAGCUGGGCGACCCUUACGCCAACUGUGAAUAUGCCUUGGACAUCUUUAUGUACAUGCGGGAACGUGAGGUAGUGUGGGGAUGAGCUCUGGGGUGGUGGGUGUGCUUCCUUUACUCCACACCUCAGCCCCCUGGAGCAAAGGAAGCUGACCAGGGUGUGUGUGAGUUGAAAUUGCCAAUAUUGGGGGGUUAUACCUUCAAAGGCAGUGUGCCUCUGCGUAAUUCCAGUUUCUGUGAAUCCAAAAAGAAGCCAUAGUCGGUACAAAUUCUGGCACCACCCAUGUGCCAAUUGCUUUGGCCUUUUGCUUGGUCCUAGAACAAGGGCUGUUCUUUGGUAGUCCUCAUCCCUGUGGAAGUUUUGGGUGGCUGCUGGGGGUGGGCAGGGGCACCUUGCUGGCACAGCUCCUUCUCACCUAUUCCCUCCUUUGCAGGAGAGGUACUUGCUCCCAGACUACAUGAAGGAUCAGCCUGACAUCACCACAGAAAUGCGGGCCAUCUUGGUGGACUGGAUGGUGGAAGUGCAGGUGGGUGUCAGAAUGGUAGAGUUGGAAGGGUUCUCCAAGAGCCCUCUAGUCAUAGUUUAGGGAAGUUUUUAAUAUUUAAUGCCGUGUUGUUUUUAACACUCGAUUGGGAGCCACCCAGAGUGGCUGGGGAAACUCAGCCAGAUGGGCGGGGUGUAAAUAAUAAAUUAUUAUUAGUCCAACCCCCUGCAAUGCUGCCUAUGUAGGUGGCAUCCAUCCACCCAUCCAAGCGACACAAUUCAUGUCCCCCUGCUUAUGACUGAGCCUAGUUGGGCAAGGAAGAAAGCUGUAGGUGGACUGUUAGCAAUGAAGGAAAUAGCAAAAGGUCUGUUUGGGACUCAGUGAUUUUCCAUGGAGGGAAUUGUCCACAGCUGCAGUGUAGGAUGGGAGCUAGUGCAUCCUCUGGCACUCUUCCUGCAACAUUGCCCAUUGACCCUGAAGUUCUUGGUCAUUGGAUUGGAGCACUGCAAUGUGGAGCAGAAGGUGAGAGCAAGUUCAAAUCCUGUUCCUGGUGGGAAAUACUAUACAGGGGGUGGCAGCUCAGGGGCAGAGCUGCUGCUGCUGCUGCUACAUACAGGGGGCCCAAACGGAAAGAAACCCUUUUCUGCCCAAGAGCCAUGCUGGGUAUAGACCAGCUGCCUGCUUUUGUUUUUUGACUCUUAACAUCCUGGCAGGACCAGCUUGCCUUUAAAAAUAACACAGCCCUCAAGUUUCUGUCCUUUAGGACUUCAGUUAGGGUUAGGAAGUCUUUGAGCAAUGUGUAACCUGGCUUAUUUUGCCUCCCUCUUCAGGAGAACUUUGAGCUCAAUCAUGAGACACUUUACUUGGCGGUCAAGCUGUUGGACCACUUUUUGGCGAAAGAGACCACCAUGCGAGACAGACUGCAGCUCAUUGGCUCCACAGCCAUCCUCAUUGCCUCCAAGUUUGAGGUUAGCCCAAGCAGCAAGCCACCAUGAUGCAUGCCUUAGUCACCUCCCUUCUGAACUACUGUAGCAUGCCCACUGUAGGGAUGCCUUUGAAAAGUGCUUGGAAACAUCAGCUAGCCCGUAUUGGGGAUGCGGGAUGGGGCCUUCUUGGUGGUGGCUCCUCUCAGACAACUUAGAAACUCUCUCCCUAGAGAAGCCAGACUGGCUCCUUCCUUGCUGUCCUUCCACAGGCAGGUGAAGAUCUUCUUGUUCCAACAAGCUUUGGGGAACUGACUGCUUUUAAGGAAAAGACUGGCACUGUGUUGGUUUUUUGUAGAGUUUUAAUAUAUUUUUUUGAGUGUGUGUGUGUAGUUCUAUCAAUGUUUAGCUGUUUUUUAAUGAUUGUUUAAAGGAUGUAGCAGGAACCACCCCUUCCCCACCCAAUCCUUCCUCUCUCUCCCUGCAGGAGCGCUGCCCACCCUGUGUGGAUGACUUUCUGUACAUCUGUGAUGAUGCAUACGAUAGGAAGGUGUUCCUCUGCACUGAAAAGAGUAUCUUGAUAGCGCUCAAGUAUGACAUCAACAUCCCCAUCGCUUACCGCUUCCUCCGGCAAUAUGCCAAGGUCAGUAGCAACCCUCGGGUUUGGCCCCUGUGUUUGUGAAACGUUACCUGGGCCUUUUCUUUUCGGCUAGGCCAUCAUCAGAAGAUCCUAGGUUCAAUCCCCAGUGGCAUCUCCUGGUGGAGGUAUGAAUGUCCCCUGCCUGAAGCCCAGGAGAGCUGUUGCCAGUCAGUGCAGGUAGUACUGAGCUAGAUAGACCAAUGGUCUGGCUCAUAAGGCAGCUUCCUCUAUGAGGCUCAUAACAGCGACUGACACAAAAGGUGUAUUUGCUGUUAGGAUCCCAUUUGGAUUUGAAUGAUCUGAGUCCUCCUUUGAGAUAGAUAGAUAGAUAGAUAGAUAGAUAGAUAGAUAGAUAGUUUUCUCAAUGUAUUUUUAUUAAAAAAAUUCUUGGUUACAAAAGUAUGAACAGUGUCUCUCCUUUUUUCUUUUCCAAGUAACAUUUUUACCGAUCAAUUUCAUUUGUUGAGACAUUAGUGUUAGGAAGAAAAGAGGAGGUGGAGGGGGGAAAGGCGAGUGGGGGUGGGGUCGGGUGGCGAUGUUUCUAUUUUACAGUGGUACCUCGGGUUACAGACACUUCAGGUUACAUAAGCUUCAGGUUACAGAUUCCGCUAACCCAGAAAUAGUGCUUCAGGUUAAGAACCUUGCUUCAGGAUGAGAACAGAAAUCGUGCUCCGGCAGCACGGCGGCAGCAGGAGGCCCCAUUAGCUAAAGUGGUGCUUCAGGUUAAGAACAGUUUCAGAUUAAGUACGGACCUCUGGAAUGAAUUAAGUACUUAACCCGAGGUACCACUGUAUGUGUGUGGGUUUGUGUCAGCUUCGCUUGUGCAUGUUCUCUGCUAUUCGCUUGUGUUCCUUUGGUUGUGAAAGAAGUUGGGGUUGGCCUAGGGCAGGGGUCUGCAACCUUUAAGACAAAAAGAGCCACUUGGACCCGUUUCCGAAGAAAAAAAAUCUGGGAGCCGCAAAACUCCUCAUUAUAAAAAUAACUAUUUUGUCACUUUUUUAUUAUUUCUUUGUUUGACCCCUCAGAAUUACUCCUCCUCAUAGAAAUAAACGUUAAAUUAACAAGUUACCUUUUUGUGUGUGUGUGUUCUUCACUCCCCUUCGAAACAGUGACCAGCGUACAUGCCCCCUUUCAAUGCAGUGACCAGCGUACAUGCCCCUUACAAUGUAGCGGGCGGGAAGAUGACGUUGGGACGGUGCGUGACUAACGCACGCACCGCCCCCAUACGACGUCACAGCCAGUACAGUGCCCGCCACAGUGGGGAGUGUUGGGGCGCACAAUGCGCCUCCUCCCCUCGCUAGUAUCCGCCCCGGAGCCGCGGCAAAGGUGUAAAAGAGCCACAUGCGACUCCGGAGCCGCGGGUUGCAGACCCCUGGCCUAGGGAAUGGUUGUUCAUUUGUGACUGGCUGUGGUGAUCUUCGUUUUCAUGUGUGAGUGGGUAGGUGUUUUGGAUCAGGUUAGCCAUAUUGAUUUGUAUGCUGUUGGUGGAAUUUUGUCGUCUUGUUGGGCUGUGUAUGUGUUAAAGGGGAGCCAUACCGGGGUAAAGGCGUCUUCUUCUGUUUGUCCCCGUGUCAGUUUCAGUUUAUUGGUUAAUAUUUCUAGUAGGGCUGUUUCCCAUACUAUUUGGUACCAUUGGUCCAUGCUUACUCCUGACAGGUCUCUCCAGUGUCUGGUUAUGGUGUUUUUGGCUGCUGAAAGUAGGUGGGUUAUGAGUUCUUUGGGGUGUAAAUGGGCAUUAUUGUCUUGGAAGAUGUUUAGUAGGGCCAAUUCUGGGGUGAUUUCUAAUACUUGCUUAGCUAUCUUACAUAUGUCUUGUAUGGCUGUUGUCCAGAAUAGUUGGAUUUGGGGGCAUUCCCACAACUUGUGGAGGUAUGUGCCUGUGGAGGUGCACCCUCACCAGCAGUUAGGUGAGGUUUCUGGGCAUAUUAGCGCUAGUUUUCUUGGUGUUAGGUACCACCUGUGCGUGAGUUUCAGAGUGAGUUCUUUCCUUUUCGUUGAUACGGAUUUAAUGGGGGGGGGGGGUUAGACCAUAUUCUGCUCCACUGGAUGGGGUUAAUCUCAUAGCCUAUGUCGUCCUCUCAUUGUUUUUUAAUUGCGUCUGGGGAAUUCAUGGGAUUUUGGAGUAGUAUUUUGUAUAUUGUGGAUACCAUCCCUUUGCCGUGUCCCUUUGUUGUUAGGGGAGGAGGUUUCCGAAGGUUGUCAGGGGCCUAGUUGCUGCUGAUUUUACUACUGGAUUGUUUAAGAGGACAUGUAAUUGGUGGUGUGUUAACCAGGGCAUUUGGGUGUCUUCAAGUUUGUCCUGUAUUUCUUGUGUUGACAAAGGUUUGUUAUUUUUAUAGAAGUCUAUUAAGCGAUAUAAGCCUUUGGUUUGCCAGGUUUUUAUCUGGAGGUUUUGUGCUGCAGGUGGAAUAAUGGGUGGCGUACCAGGGGAAUUAGUGGGGAUGGGGUUGGGGAUAGUUUGCCUAUUUCUGCUUUCUAUGCUUUGAGCCUGGUCUGUGUGUACCUGUUAAGUGUUGUGAGAAUUUUCCUUAGUUUGUUUGGGAGGAGUGGGUAUGCUGUGGUGCAGGCAUUUUCAAUUGUGUCCCUCUCUAGGUGUAUCAAUCUUCUAGUCUCAUCUUCUGGUAUAUAUGGGGUUAUAUGGCGUACUUGGUUGGCAGUGUAAUAUGCUUCUAUGUUGGGGUUUCUCCAUCCUUCUGAGGAGGGGAGGUGCAGUUAUUUGGGGCUUAUUCUUGGUUUUUUAUGUGAGAAUAUAAAUGAGUGUAGUUUUUGUCUGCCAUUUGCGGAGUUGGGUUGGGGGUAUCCAGAUUGGGAGGGUUUGGAAUAGGUUGGUUAGUUUUGGGAGAGUGAUCAUUUUGAUCAUGGCUAUUUUGUCUGAGUGGGUGAAGUUCAUGUUGUUCCAUCUCUUUAGCUCUUUGUUAAUUGUUGCCACAAGGGCUUGGAGUUGUGGAGGUAUAAUUUAUUGAGGUUUCUGGUUAUUUGUACCCCAAGGCCUCUGAACUUGGUGUGGUUUUAUCUUGGUGGCGUUGGUGAGUUCUUUUUGGGUGUGAGGAGGGGUAUUGAAGCACAUAGAUUCUGACUUCUGACAAAAUUUACCUGUAGGCCCGAUACUGUUGCAAAUGUGUUGAGUUCCUGAUUAGGGAUGUUGCUGUGCUUAUGGCGUCUGGUGUUAUGACCAUUAGGUCAUCUGCGAAGAGCCCUAAUUUAUAGAUUCUGCCCUUUAUUUCCACUCCCUUGAUGCCUGUGGCUGCUCAGAUUCAGAUUACUAAAGGUUCCAGGGCCAGGAUAAAUAAGAAGGGAGACCAUGGGCAUCCUUGUUUUGUGCCUCUUUGGAUUGCUAUACAGUGGUACCUUGGGUUACAUAUGCUUCAGGUUACAUAUGCUUCAGGUUACAGACUCCGCUAACCCAGAAAUAGUACCUCGGGUUAAGAACUUUGCUUCAGGGUGAGAACAGAAAUUGUGCUCUGGUGGCGCAGCGGCAGUAGGAGGCCCCAUUAACUAAAGUGGUGCUUCAGGUUAAGAACAGUUUCAGGUUAAGAACGGACCUCCGGAACAAAUUAAGUACUUAACCUGAGAUACCACUGUAGUAUUAGAGUCCAUAUUGUUAGUCCUGCAUUUUGCUGAGGCUUGGGAGUAUAUCUGUUUGAGGAUUUGUAGGAAGUUGGGGCCAAACUUCAUGUUAGUUAAGUUAGGUAAGUCUAAGCAAUCAAAAGCUUUGAGGAUGUCAAGGGACAUAAUUGUCAGUGGGAGUUUAGUUGCCUUGCUGUGUUCAAUCAGGUUCAGUAAUUUCCUGAUGGGGUUUGUUAUAUUGCAACCAGGGACAAAGCCUGUCUGGUCUGCAGCUAUUAACUUGUGUAGGAAGAUUUUUAGGCGGUUGCCCAAGAUUGAUGUGAAUAUAUUGCAGUCUUAGUUUAUUAAUGAGAUUGAGCGAUAUAAUUCUACUUUGAGGCUGUCUUUCAGAGGUUUUGGGAUGGAGACUAUUUUUGAGUAGGUCCAGGUUUAAGAAUUAAAAGGGACUAAAAAAAUUCUGCACCCCUUUUUUUCAAAAAAUAGAAAUGAGGGUGGAAAAUAGAAAGAGAGACAAAAAUAAAAACGAAAUGCAGAAAAUAGAGAAAAAUAAAUCAGAGAGGGGCAGAUUAUCAAUAAAAUAAAUCAGAGAGGGGUUGGAGUGGCGAUCCCAGGGAGCGGCCUGCGAUGGAUCAGGGCUCUCUUCUGGGCACCACCAUUUUUAAUUUUUAAAGGAAGGGUCUGAGGUAGAAAUAAAGAUAAAGUUUUUUAAAAAAUAAAUGUAAAAAUAAAAAUUGAGAGGUGGAAAAAGCGGGGGAGAAAAAGGGGGGUUGUCUUUUAAAGGAGAGAGAGAGAGAGAAUAGUAAGGGGGGAAUUAAAAAUAUUUGAAAAUAGAUUUUAAAAAGUGAUGAUAGUGUUUUUUAAGAAACGGUAUUUUUUCCUUUCUCAGCGGGAGGGUGGUGACCAUGCAGCGCUCUUUAAGUGGUUUCCCUCUGGCUCCCUGCCUGUUCUUAGUGCACCAGCCACCUGGGAGAUAGGCUUCAGUCGGGCCUAGGUUCAGCCACGUGUUCCUUCACGGCCUCCCUUGCCUUCCCGGCUCUCUCCUCCCUCUCCUCCUCUUCUUCGGUGGCGGUGGUGGUGGUAGCAAGGUCGGGGCUCCUCUCUCCCUUCCUCCUCCUCCCCACCCUUUGUCGCUUUGGCUCUGAGGUCCCUCCAGCCUUGGAGCUCCGCUGGGUUGUUGGGGAGGAGGGAGGCUGUGGCUCCCUCGGUAGGCGCGCUGGGUGCCCCCGGUUUCCACACUGGUGUCGGUGGAGGCAGAAGUGGUGGGGCCUGGGCUCAUUUCUCUCCUUCCCCUCCUGUUUCCGCACUGGCUCCAAGGUCCAGUGACCUCGGAGCUCCAGAUGGCCAGGUGCUCUUGGUUCCAGCUCGGUCAAGGUCGCUGGGGGGGGGACUGCAGUUUGCUCUGGGCACCCCUGGUUCGUCUCCGGUGUCGGUGCUGGCAGCAACAGUUCCAGCAGCCCAGGAGCCAGCCAGGUAGCGUUGUAGGUUCUGGCUGGCUUCAGGAGCUGCCUGCUGCCAUGGCGUCUGCCAUGCUGCCUUCUGAGGCCUCCUUGGUGAAUCACCCCUCCUUCCAUGGGUGGGAUGUUUUGGCCCUCCUUUUAAAAAAUAUUAGUGGGUUUUAGGUUUUGUUGGCUUCACGCUGGUUUUAAGGUAAGUCACUUUGAGUUACUUUUCUUUAAAAAGUAAAAAUAAAGUGACAAGUUUAAAUAAUAAUGAUGGCCUUAGUUUGUCUUGGGUGGUUUCUUUCUGUCUUUGAUCAGGGUGCUAGAAUCUGCGAGGGAAAGGAACUGGGCUUCUGUGGCUGCUACAGCUGGCAGGUCUUGUUCCUCCGGCGCACAGGCUGGAGAGAUCCACCUCAGGCAGCCUCCUAGUUGGGGGCACAUGAAGGGUUGGCCAAGCCCCACAGGUUGCUGUGAAUCUAGGCUAUAAAGGCCAUAGCUCAGUGGUGGAGUGUCUGCUUUGCAUGCAGAGGUUCCCAGGUUCAAUCCCCGCUAGCAUCUGGUAGGGUAAGUGUAAGCAGUACACUGUAAGCACUGUGUUAGAUUGAGGGUCAGCAUAAGGCAGUUUCCUGUUUCAUGACUCAUAACAGUGACAGCUACCAAAGGCACAUUUGAUAGUCCCUUCUGACCGCUGCAGACUCUUUGCUGCAGACUGCUGCAUAGCUGUCAACUUACAGAUUUGAAAAUAAGGGACCAGGAGCCUCAAAAUUAAGGGAUCAGCAGCCAAAAUAAGGUAUUUUCCGGGCACAUGUAUGUUCAGCUUCUGAGCCCCUCCAAGCCAGAGGCAGAAAGCCCAGCCAGCAGCCAAACGAAGCCUCAUCUGUAAGGGACAGCAGCAGGACAUGGCGCUGGGAUAAGGGACUAUCCCGCCAAAUAAGGGACGCUUGACAGUUAUGGACUGCUGUGACCUCUUCUCACAAUUGCUUCCUCCUUUCUCACUCUCCAUCUCUGCAGUGCGCACAGGUCAACAUGGAGACUCUGACACUGGCUCGCUUCAUCUGCGAGCUCACCCUACAGGAUUACGACUUCGUACAGGAAAGCGCCUCUCAGCUGGCUUCCGCCUGCCUCUUUUUGGCACUCAGGAUGAAAGAGCUCGGGGGCUGGGUGAGUGGGUGGCCUUGGAGCAGUGGCAGGGAGGGCAGGGCCUUGCAGCUGGUGGCUCCUGAACCUGACAAAGAGGCUGAGGCCCUCGAAGCAGGGCUCCCUUUGGGUGGGGCAGCCAGAACCAAGUCAGAAAGCUGCUAGAGGAGCCUCCGGUUGUGUGAAUCCUCAGGCAUAUCAGGGUAGGGCAAAGAGGCCCCUUACUUACUCACUCACUCUCUCCCAACAGGGUCCCACCUUAGAACGUUACAGUGGCUACAAAGAUAAAGAGCUUUACCCUCUGGUGAAGAAACUCAACUUCAUGCUGACCUACAAGCACGAUGAACGACUCAAUACUGUGUACAGCAAGUACUCCCACCGGUAGGGCUUUUUCUUUCUGCCCCCUGAGGUGCAAAAAAAAUCUGUGCUUAAGCAGAAUCCUUACUUGGCUACUCUCAGUGCUGGCAACCAGGGCCAUUAUCCCACUUUUGCCUUGUCUCCAAGGAUGGAGAACUGUUGAAGGAAGGAGGAUGGGCUUGGAAAAGGCAGGUUGUAGAAAUAUUGUUAUUGUACACGUCACCUUUUCUGAGAGGGCCUCAAGGCAGCUUACAGCUUAAAAAAAGAAGAAACUAAAAACAUGGAGGUGUGUGUUUAGGGGGAAUUGUUAGAAAACAACUAAACAAUAAUAGGAUUAAAACUAUAUAGAUGUAUAAAAUAUGUACGCCCUUUCCUUAAAAGCAGUGAGUUCCCCAAAGCCUGUUGGAACAAAGAAGUCUUCACCUGCCAGUAGAAGGAGAGCAAGGAGGGAGCCAGUCUGGCUUCUCUAGGGAGGGAGUGUCACAAAACUGUGGUGACUUUGUUCUUUUAAAAUCUGGAGAGACAAGUGACUAUAGGACUUUCAAUAAGACACGUUGGAGACCAGAUCAGGGUUUACACACCUUUCAUGUAACGUUUAUUUCAUAUAAUCAAGCAUACAUGAAUAUCCUGGUACCAGGAGGUUCAAAAACACACACAUUCAUCCAUACUCACAUGGCCCUUCAUUUAGGUUAUUCAUGCCUUCGCAAGAGCUGUGGGUUUUGGGUUGUAGCGAUUGUCCCAGCAACACUGAGGGCAUGCAAAGGGGUCCUUUUUAUAGUCUUCUUUCCCAUUGCCGUCCAUGGGUUGUCUGCACCGCUCUUCUCCUGUUCUCCUCCUGGACCAUCAUAAAAAAAAACCUUCUCAGUCAUACUUCAGAGCAGGCAGACAGUAUGUUCCGGACCGUUAUCUCAUGUCCAUGGCCCACUGCCAGUUCCUCCCUGUUUUUGUUUGAGGCUUUUUGCUUUCAGUAAACAACACCACCGUCAUACAUUCUUCUUUGAUAAAACUAGUUUCUCGCUUCUCUUGCCGGCAUAUCAUGCUCUGCGAAUUCUCCAUUUUCUUUUGGGCCUAACAUUCAUACUACACACUCAUGACAGGAGACAGCUCCCUGAGGUGUCUGGGAGCAGCCACCACCAAGAAGGCCCUCUCCCACACCAAGCGUGCCUGGGAGGGUGCUGGGAUGGAGAGAAGGGCCUCUCCCGAAUAUCUCAAAGCCCAGGCAGGUUCAUAUGAGGGAAUACAGUCUUUCAAAUAGCCUGUGAGCUAAGCUGUGAAAUACUGGAGCUGGCUCAGUAACAUAAAAAUGUGGCUGUAAAAAUAAAGACUUGGAAGGUGAAGUUCCUUCUCAAUUCUAAAGCUGGAACUUCAAGUUUUGAGUGUUGAAACUACUGCUGUGAGGUGCGGCCUCCUAACAGUUCUCUCUCGCUACCUUACAGGGUCUUCUUUGAGGUGGCCAAGAUACCCCCCAUCAACAUGCGGAAGCUGGAGGAAGCCUUGCAGAGCUAGCUCUUCCUUGGCAGGAUGCAAGGAGGUGCCUUGGACGUUCUUGUGCUGAGGUGCUGCAAUGCUGUUUCACUGUAGAUGACCUGUAAAUAGACACGUACUAUUAGCCCUAGAGAACCCCUCCUCUUUUUGUAACAUAAAUAGCAAUUUAAAAAAAUAUAUUUAAAAAAUGUAUGGUGGGUAGUGGGGGAAAAUAAAACAUAUCACUUUUGCUAAAAAUCGGGUUUUGUAGGAAAAGACAGAAGUUAAUAAAGUGUAUUCAAGUGCACCUUGUUAGCAGCCUUCUGUGGGCUUGUGGCACCCCUUUUCUCAGCAGAGACCAAUGGGUGAUCCCAUAUUUGGGGUGAGGAUACACACAUGCAGAGUGUCCCUUCAGUUGAAUGGGACCAGGUCCUGGAAAAUAGAUUUUGGGGAGCUCUCAUCCUCCCUUCUCUUCUGGCUAGGCUGCUUGGACCUGAGCCUCUCAGCACAAGACACUUCCUGCUAUUUUGCCUGUCUGCCUUCUGGGCUACUGUGCAGCUCCAUCAACAAGAGCCUGUGGCCUGUCCUGCUUCUCCCUGCAAGUGAUGGGGCCUGGCUUCACCUGGCCACCCAGGGAAGCAUGUCCCUGAGCACCUGCAUAGCCUGGUGGGAUUGCAGAGAGACUGUUGACAGGGGAUCUUGCUGCCUUCUAGCUGCUGUGAAACUGCAGCUCCCUUCAGCCUCAGUAGCCAUGCUCUCACACAUCUCCAGUCCAACACUGCAAUGUUUUGAGGCCUGGGACAAUUUAGCAACGGAGCCAAUUAUUUGGAAGCAGGCUGGUCUCUCCUUGACUACAGGUAUCCAAGUACAGGCUAGGCCACAGGGGUAGGCAACCUACGGCCCGGAGGCUGGAUGCGGCCCAAUCACCUUCUAAAUCUGGCCCGCGGACGUUCCGGGAAUCAGCUUGUUUUUACAUGAGUAGAAUGUGUGCUUUUAUUUAAAAUGCAUCUCUGGGUUAUUUGUGGGGCACAGGAAUUCGUUCAUUUUUUUCCCUUCAAAAUAUAGUCCAGCCCACCUUAUGGUCUGAGGGACAGUGGACCGUCCCACAGCUGAAAAAGGUUGCUGACCCCUGGGCUAGGCAGUCAAUUGCCGGGGCUGUUCCAGCGCUUUCCUUUCCCCAUGUCAGCAGCCGGGGUGGAGAUUUGCCAUCUCUCGCAGAGCCCUUUUUUAGUUCUUCUUACACGUCGCCAGAGGUUUUCAACCUUUUUGAGUCCACAGCUCCCUUGGACAACUAUAUUCUUUCUGCAGCACCGCUAUGAGGCUCAGGAGCCAUUAUGUCACCCCUUGCCUGCAGAGCCGGCAGCCCCUCACCCUCCCUUGUGGAGUGUUCCCUCUGCCUCCUCUCCUUGGGAGUCCUCUGGGCAGCCGCAGCCGCACCUGCUGCCCCUGGUCUCUGCACCCCCUGCCCCAAAGAGAGGUGCCUCCUCACAGGGACCUGGGAAGCACCCCUGGCCAUCCCCAGAGGCACCAUUCUCCUGGGGAGCGUGUAGCCAGGGCUGCUGCAACAAAACAGCUGUGCAAGCCUUUGGGAGGCAGAGACAUGAGAGGUCAUCAGAGGAGGGAGGGAAGGAAAUAGGGACAGAGACCAGUGUUGCCUGCGGCACCCCUGACCAUCAUUCAAGGUACCCUAUGGUGCCACGGCACACUGGCUGAAAACCACUGGCAUAGGUCAUCACCCUUGCCAGGAAGCUGAUCUGGUAUGAUGAAAUUUUAGCACUUGAUGGACCCAGGGAUUAAAGAGGUCUGGCACACACAAACUAGGCUUGUAGCACUUUAUUCCCUUCUGCUUUUGAGAAUGCCUCCUUCCUGCUGAAAAGUACAGUGAUGCCUUGCAAGACGAAAAACUCGCAAGACGAAAGAGUUUUCCGUUUUUUGAGUCGUUCCCUAUGGGCUUGCUUCGCAAGACGAAACGUCUUGCGAGUUCUUGCGAGUUUGUUUCCUUUUCCUUAAAGCCGUUAAUAGCCGCUAAGCCGUUAAUAGCUGUUAAUAGCGUGCUUCGCAAGACGAAAAAACCGCAAGACGAAGAGACUCGCGGAAUGGAUUAAUUUCGUCUUGCGAGGCACCACUGUAGACUAAGACUCGCCACCAAUGUCUCCUGUUACUUUCCAGGGGCAAAAAAAGCCAGCAAGCCUGCCUGUAUCACCAUCUCUGUUGUAGUCUAGGGAAAUAUGCUUCUGCAGGUUACCCAGCUCCUCUGCAGAACUGAUGACUGGUGCCAUCUAGUGGACAUUUGAGAGCUUUUGCAAUCCUUAGCUGACUGCUCGUGAUGUGCUGAAGGCCUUUCUCUUUACCCAGGGAGUCCAGCAGUAGUGGAGAGCAAUGAAGCAUUGCAACCCUGCCCCCCAGGGCCUGGGUGUUGGUGCUGACCUUUAAAGCCCUAAGUGGCCUCGGCCCAGUAUACCUGCAGGAACCUCUCCAUCUCCAUUGUUCAGCCCUGACACUGAGGUCCUCCUCUGAGGGUCUCCUGCUGGUUCACUCACCAUGAGAAGCAAAAUUACAGGAAACCAGGUGUAGGGCCUUCUCAGUAGUGGCCUUCUUCCCUGUGUAACACUCUCCCUUCUGAUAUCAAGGAGAUAAAGAAUUACAUCUGUUUUUUUUUAUAAGAUAUUUAUUAGGAUUUUUAAAAUAUUAC